GCAGGCAAACCAUUCCUGAAACCUACGAGAACAGGGGUAGAUGUUGGACUGGACGCCACGGAGGAGCUCAGGAGUUCAAGAUGGAAUUACUGUUUCUACUUUCUCUCAUCCAUCUUUGCUGGUGGACAAACGCUCAAGACACAAGUUACCUAAUCACGUACCCAAGAGUGUUAAGACUGGACGCUGCUGAAAAGGUGGUGGUUCAGUUAUUUGGCACAAAUCAGGACGUAACUGUUGAGCUGUCCCUUAAAAAGUCAAUGUCGUGGGGUGACAAAGUGUACGAUUCACAAACAGUGACGCUCAAUGCCCAAAAUAAGUACCAAUCUGCAGCCACAUUGCGGAUUUUUUCCAGGACUUUCGCAAAAGAGGAAAAUUUUGUCUACAUCUCUGCAGUGUCCAGUAUCUUCAGUGCUCAUCAAAAGGUACCAGUUGUCUGCAACAAUGGAUUUCUUUUCAUUCAGACCGAUAAGCCUCUUUACACCCCUGAGCAGCCAGUGAAAGUGCGAGUGUACUCGUUAAAUGAAGAGCUGCAGCCAGCGCGUAGACGCGUGACUCUCACGUUUUCAGACCCUGAUGGAAUUCAGGUGGACAUGGUUGACUUACAAGAUGUUAAUGGAAUCAUAUCAAUGGAUCCUCCAUUUAAAAUACCUAUCAAACCAAAAUUUGGACUGUGGAAAAUUCACGCCGCUUACACAGAAGAGUUCACCACAACAGCUAAGGCAGAAUUUGAGAUCAAGGAAUAUGUUUUACCGAGCAUCUCCGUCAUGAUUGAGCCAGAGGCGAAUUACAUCAGCUCUGCCUAUUUCGAAUCAUUCAAACUGAAGAUUACAGCCAGGUACGUCCACGGAGCUCCCGUAGAGAGAGGAGACGUGUUCGUAAAGUUUGGAUACAAAACGAAAGACGGCACAGUCAUGAUACCUGACUCCUUGAAACGACAUCUGAUGUUUGAUGGGAAACUAGAUGUCACACUGAAUAUUAAGAGUGCACUGUCAACAAUGCCUGAUGGGCCAACAGAGCUGGCUCAACUCAUGGGAAGCAACCUACAUGUAGUUGUUCUGGUACAAGAGUCAACAGGUGGGAUCUCUCAGGAAGCAGAGCUGAGUAACAUGGAGUUUGUCAGCAUCCCAUACAAACUGAGUCUGAUCGCAACGCCCCCCUUCAUCAAGCCCUCUCUACCCUACACCAUCAGAGUAUUGGUUCGAGACCCUUUGGGGGUACCAGUUAGCAGAGUUCCAGUAAAAGUGUCUGCGAUUCUACAGGAUGAGAGUGGGCAGAUGGAACCUCUUUAUUAUUCUGGUCAAAAAGCAGAGGUCACUGAGAUUACCCAGAGAACUGGCAUCGCGCAGUUUGUUUACAACAUUCCUGCCAAUGUGAAAAAAGCUGACUUUUCCUUUGUAACUGCAGAUACAAGAUACUCUCCCACCACUCAAGGACAACUUACGCUGAACACUGAAGCCUACAAAUCCGUCAAUCACAGAUAUUUGUACAUCGACUUGCCCUCGGACCAGUCCACCCUUUCAGUUGACGCGUUUGCCAGCAUCACCAUUUACUUUCACUAUGCUAAUUACCUCCCUCUCAAGUUCUUCAGCUAUCAGGUCAUCUCAAAGGGCAAGGUUGUGAAGUUUUCCACGGAGAAGCGCGUAGAGAAUGCCAAAAGCCAGAGCAUCAACUUCCGUGUGACCCCUGACAUGGUUCCGUCUAUCCGUUUGCUGGUGUAUUACAUCCUGUCUGGGGAGCAAAAGGCAGAGCUUGUGGCAGAUUCCGUAUGGCUUGAUGUAAAGGCUAAAUGUCCCAACGAUUUGAAGGUAGACCUCUCUGCACCCAAUAAGAAGUACAAACCAAAGGACACUCUAGACCUAUCUGUAAAGACGGGUGACACGUCCCUGGUGGCCUUGUCUUCCCUUGAUACCGCUUUGUACUCCCUUCGCUCGGCCAAAACGGACCCACUGGCCCGGGUGUUGCGACAUAUUGAAGAGAAGGACCUGGGAUGUGGGGGAGGAGGAGGUAUUAACAAUGCCAAUGUGUUUACCCGUGCCGGCCUCGCAUUCAUGACCAACGCAAACGCCCACGCCUCUGACGCAGACGCCUGUACGGCUAUUGUGAGGACAAAACGUUCUGUUCCACUAGAGGACCAGCGUAAAGAAAAAGCAACGUUACGUUCACCUGCCAGAAGGAAAAAACGCUCAACUGAUUUCCAUCAUCUGUUCAAGGAAAAAGCAAAAACAUACAAGUCAUAUGAAAAGUGCUGUAUGGAAGCGUUUGACAGUUUGCCAACGCUAGAUUCAUGUGCUGAUCGAGCCAGGAACCUUAGGACUGAUCACAUGAAGUGUAAGAAGGCUUUCUAUGACUGCUGCAAGUACGCUCAUGAUCUCAGACAGAGAGAUCAGAGCGUGAUCUCUCUGUCUCGCUCGGCGAUAGAGUUUCUGUUUGACCUGACGCCCCCAAUCGCUCGAACUUACUUCCCGGAGAGUUGGCUUUGGGAGGAGCAUUCAAUCCAAGACAGGUCUCACUCACUGGUCAUUCCGAGAACCCUGCCAGACUCUCUAACUACAUGGGAAAUGAAAGCAGUAGGCAUGUUUAAUACUGGAAUAUGUGUGGCAGACCCUCUCCAGGUUUCAGUUGGGAAGGAAAUAAGUAUUGAUGUCCCCCUGCCUUACUCCAUGGUGCGAGGGGAACAGCUGGAACUCAAGGGCUCAGUCUACAACCAGUACGAUCAGUCAACGAGAUUUCUCGUGACCCUGUCGGUCUCAGAUGGGCUGUGUCUGGGGAAAGGGAGCGGUCAAGACUCUCCCUUGAAAAUCAGUGGAACCAUUGAAGCGGGCUCGGUCAGCAUGGUCAGUUUUUUCAUCAUGGCGCUGACGGCGGGUGAGCACACUCUCACCUUUACCUUGAGGACCAGUUUGGGACAUGAUGAGGUGGUCAAGAAACUGCGUGUGGUGCCAGAGGGUGUCAGAGCGGAAAAACCCGAGGGUAAAACACUGGAUCCUCGAGGUGUUUUUGGGACUCCAACCAGAAAAAUAGAGCUGAAAAUUGCUCUUCCUGAAAAAAUGGUUCCGUUAUCCUCCGUCGACCGUAGCCUUACUGUCAACGGUGAGAUUUUGGGUGAGGUGCUGUCAAUCAUUACCGAUCCCGCGGGUCUACAGAAGUUGGUCAACUUACCCCGAGGAUCGGCAGAGGUGGAGCUUAUGGCCCUGCUGCCAAUCUACUACGUCUUUCACUUCAUAGACAGCACUGAGAGGUGGGACACCCUGGGGAAGGAGUUCGGCGCCAGCAGCAGUGAGCUAAAGAGAAAGAUGGCAGAGGGCGUCACUAGUAUCAUGUCUUUUAAGAGUAAGCGGGAGUAUAGUUUCAGAAUGUGGGACAAGGAUUUAGAAGCCAGCACAUGGUUGACUGCACUUGUUGUGAAGACCCUGGCUGAGAUGGAUAAAUACAUCACAAUAAACCGCAAUGUUCUGACUAACACCGUCAACUGGUUGAUCACUAAUUGCCAAGCGAGCGACGGCUCUUUCAAAGAACAGUCUACUGUCAAACCAAAGAAACUGAUGGGUGCCGGCGCAGACGUGACUGAACAGAAGGUCUACCUUACAUCGUUUGUCAUUAUUGCCAUCAAGAACGCCUUGUCAGUCCCAAAAUCAGACUUGGAGAUGUUUGCAGAUGCUAUGAAAUUGGCAGCUCAUUACGUUUCCACAAAGGCAGCCAGCCUGAAGAGUUUGUACGUGAAAGCCAUCGCAGUGUACGCAAUGACCCUUGCAGACCCUCACAGCUCUCCAGCCUCACAGCUGUACCAGGAACUGGAGAGAGAAGCAUCGGUUAAAGGGACACCGGCCGUUGUCCGCUUCUGGAAGGAGGAUGAUUCUCCUCAGGAUCCAUUAAAGCCCAAUAAAGCCUCUUCAAAGACAGUAGAGACCACCGUCUACGUUCUACUCACAGCUCUGCGUAAAGGACAAGUGUCCUAUUCCAAACCCAUCCUCCACUGGUUAACUCAAGACCAACGCUAUGGCGGCGGCUUCUUCUCAACACAGGAUAGCAUUCUCACCCUAGAGGCUUUGACCAAAUACGGCAUCUUAGCCAAAAGUGCUAAGCUGGAUAUGGACAUCCAGGUUUCAUACAGGAAGAAGGGCGACCUUAAAAUGAUCAAGCUCACCCAGCGACACCCCGUGGGCGGAUCUAUUGAGGUGACUCAAAAUGAUGACCUCAUCCUGUCUACAGCCAUGAGCUCAGGAGUGGCAUUUGCUACUCUAAGGACGGUGUACUAUGUAUUGUCAGUUAGCAAUGAAAAUUGCCACUUCGACCUAAACAUUGAUGUCCGUGCUCGUCAGCCAGGCUCCAACGAUCCCAUGCUCCUGUCACCUCGAAUUGUUGCCUGCGCAAAAUACAAGCCUCGACCAAACGAGUUUGAAAUGGAGGCUGGACGAACGGUGAUGGAAAUAAAUUUGCCCACUGGAAUGAUCCCCUUGCAAGAAGAUCUGGAGAUGAUCCUGAAUGGAUACGAGGUCUUGAUUUCAAGUUAUGAAAUUAGGGGCAGCCAAGUUCUCCUUGAGAUAGACUCGGUCCCGUCUGAUAGAUACCACUGUGUGGGAUUCCGUGUUCAAGAGCAGUUUAACGUUGGAAUGACCAAGGCGUCCUCCUUCAGGGUCUAUGAAUUCUACGAUCCAUCGAGUGAAUGCAUUAAAUUCUACAACAACCAAGAGAAAAAAAUACUGCGCUUAUGUGAAGGGGACCAGUGUAUGUGCAUGGCAGCGGAAUGCUGCAAUUUCAAGUCUUCUAUGGAUAAUAGUGUUACUGCUCUCGAGCGAAGAAAGGAUACCUGCAAGGACAGCAUUAAAUAUGCAUUGAAAGUCAUGAUUGAAUCCUCCACAGCAGAAGAAGACUUUGUGACCUAUAAAGCUACAGUUAAGAAUAUCUUCAAAAAAGGAACCGAAGACAUUAAAUUCGAAGAAGAAGUGGAACUUAUAAAGAAGGCAACAUGUACUUCAACAAAAAUUGAAACAGGCAAACAGUAUCUAGUCAUGGGAACUGAGAUUAUGCCAGUCUCUGUUGGUAAUCAUCACAAGUACAAGUUUCCUUUGGAUUCUCAAUAUACUGUGGAGGUAUGGCCAUCAGCGGAUAGUUGCACUGGGCCUCCCUGUACAGACUAUGUCAAAAUUUUGAAUCUUUUUGAAGAAGAUUUCCUGUUUUCUGGUUGUGAUUUUUGACUUAGCUUGUAAUUCAUGACAGCUUUUGAUGGUUCUGCAAUCUCAACAAUACAUUUAAAGGGUCAGAGGUACAUUCACAGUUGCUUGUUAUUUUUGAAAAACGACAUUUCGAAAUUUUGUUUAGUUUUAUGUUAAGUCUGACUUACUUUUGUGUAAUAUGAAUUUGAUGGAUGAUGCUGUCAAUAAAUAAAAUCAGCUGAAUCAUGAAUAAAUGUGCAACAUGUUUGGUUGAGACCCCUCUCAAUGUUUACUGCAAUGUUUUACUACAAUUGUUUCUCCUUUUUUGAAGAAAAUGUCCUUACAGUAUUAACACCUUGGAAUCUGAAUAAAAUGAACGUGCUGGAGUA